AUGUACGAUCUCCGGCAAUCACAUAAUCACGGGAACUUGCAGCAGGUUCCGAGACGGAGACUCCAGAGACGUAUGGGCCCGAACGGCGAGCAGAAGAUUCGGUCUACGCAUGAAGUCCUUGUGAACAAAGGAUUCAAGGGCUUCGCGCUAGGAAAUAGGCACAUUUUCGACACCCAAAGACGUGGAUAUCUCAAGGGAUACAGCGACGUUUCUACAAACGGAACGGUGAUACAGCCAUCCGUGUACUUCUUGGUUGAUUGUUAUCCCACUUUGGGAAUACCCAAAGCUCUUGGCAGUUUGAUGGAUCACUUGGAAUCUUUCCGGAGUAGCCUGAGAUAUCUCUCGGAGAAGGUGGAAGCGAGCUUCGAUCCUUGGCGCCAGGACUUGAUGUCUACGAGUUGCAGGAUUCUGAUCUGUGGUAACACUGGUGUUGGGAAGUCCACACUUCUCAACCGUGUCUUUGGUAUUGCAAUGACCCAGGAGAACUCCAACCAGCGAGGCGAGCAUGAUAUUGAGGAGGCCUUCGAGUCUGAUCUGCACCCGGGCAUCAUCAUUCACGACUCCGAAGGUGUCCAGGCAGGUAACAGCAAAGAGGUCUCUGCAUUCAAGAAGUUCCUGGAAGCGAGAUCUGGCAGCCCGGAUAUCAGGCAAAACUUGCAUGCGAUAUGGCUAUGUAUCGACACGGACGCAGACCGUCCAGUCCAAUCGGCGCUGGCGAAUGUAUUGCAAGAAGUCAUUGAAAUUUGCCCCUUGACACCAGUUGUGAUUGUUGGUACUAAGAAGGAUAAGUAUCUGCUCUUCAACCGGGGCAAAAUGAAUGAAACCGAACUGCUCUCGGCAAGGGAGGCCAUCUUCAGACAGAAGUUUGCGGAAGAGCCAGAGACAUCUCCAUUUUGGCCAGAGCUCAAGGCUAACUUCGCAUUCGUCUCUAAAGGUAUACGACCAAGAUUCCAUUCCAUCAAGGCAUUGAUCCAGAUGACCAUGGAGAGCUUCAGCAGCCCAAUAGUAUCUGAGGCAAUGGUUGCUGCCCAGGUCCCGGAUAUCGACGCAAAAAUGGACCAAGCCAUUGAAAAGACGCUCAAGCUUCUCAGAGCAACAGUAGCUGCUGCGGGGAUUGGCCUCGGGACCGGAGUCAUCUCGGCCAUGACUACGCCCACCAUCUCAAAGCUACUCUGUCAGGAGAUUGCGCACGGGUCUUUCGGCAUUCCAAAGGCCAGCAUCGGUGACAUCAACGAUGUGCUUUCUGGCGUUGUAUGGAGAAACCUCGCGCCGUUCAUGGCUAUGAGUCUGAGCCAAUCCUUCGUCAUCUGGGGUGGUGCUAUCUGCCUCACCUGUACCACGGUGGUCGGUGGGAUCCCGCUUGCCCUUGGCGCCCCUCUCCUCGAGGCACCAGCAGCGGUGCGGAUGAUUCUCAAGUGCGCCUGUGAUCUGAUCCUCAUUUUGGAUCAGGCUUUCAGUCAGUAUGGCAAAGGGGUUACUAAGGAGAACAUCAAAGCAGUCGCCGCCAUGUACUUGAAGAGUAGAGUCAAGAGCAUGAAAGACGGGGUCGAGAUCGAAAAGUCGCGCAAGCGAGCGAUUCAUGGCGCGGUCAACGAUCUUGUCCCUUGGUUCUCAAAGAGGGCUUUCGAGGCAUACUCGAGAAAGACAUUGCCGAAGUAUCGUGAGGGCGUUAGGGAGAUUCUUCGGGAAUAUAGGUUUCAGCCAGGGGCAUUCCCUAAGUUCGAGUUGGACGAUGAUCUGACUCUUGGGCAGAACAGUGUCUCGUCUCUUUCUCUGGCAAACUCGGAGGAUGACAAAGAUAUAAAGCUAUUCAACGGGGAAUUAAAGGAUUUCGAGGAUGGGGAUCACCACUAG